ACAGCCGCUAGAGCUUUAAACCAGACCCACCCUGAGCUUAACAGCAGUACUUCUCCCCAAGUUUGCAAGCAGAGGUGUAGAAGGAAGCCGCAACAGCAGCGCUUACCGCCGCCACUACAGCAAAUACCGGUAGGCGGGGGCUGGCUGGGCUUCUCUGCGAUCUGCUCUGCGCCUUCCUCCAAAAGCAAAGCACUGGGAGGGUCGGGUAUCAGGGCUUCAUUCCUCCCCUUUGCGGAGACCGGAGAUGGUAAAAAGGCGACGGAGUCUUGGCUGAGGCAUACCCAUCUUGCCACUUGGCCCUGAGGUCAGGGCGGCCCGGAUCGGGAUUUGUGGAGCCAAGCGACCUGAGGCUUGGGUCAUAUAGCUUGUGUCUGCGUUUUGAAACUAGAGAGGAAGUCCGUGGGCCCGACCACGCCUGAUACGACCCCGCUUGUGCCUUCACCAGAGCGCGAGCCGUAGCUUGUAGCUUCUGAUUGAGAGGUUUUAGUAGCCUGAGCCUGGCAUGGAUUCCUGGCUGAGGCGUGCCAAGAUGGCUGCUCUCUCUGAAGCAAUCAACACUUUUACGUUGAAUGUUUUUAAAGAAAUCAGUGAAGAAGAUGGCUCACAGAAUGUGUUUUAUUCUCCCCUGAGCCUCUACUGUGCCCUGGCUAUGGUUUUAGAUGGGGCCAAAGGAAAUACUGCUGCACAGAUACAACAGGUUCUUUCUUUAAACAAAGGUACAGAUGUCCACCAAAGUUUCCAGUCUUUUCUUGCAGAAGCUAAUAAAUCUGGUGGUCAAUGCCUGCUGAGAAUUGCCAACCGGCUCUUUGGAGAAAAGACUCGUGAUUUUAUCCCAUCUUUUAAGGAAUCCUGUCAGAGAUUCUACCAUUCAAACAUGGAAGAACUUGACUUUGCAAAUGCUCCUGAGGAAGCAAGAAAGCAUAUAAAUAAGUGGGUAGAAGAAAAGACAGAAGGAAAGAUUGAAAAACUGCUAGCUGAUGAUUCCAUCAAUUCACUGACCUCUCUGGUACUCGUGAAUGCCAUCUAUUUCAAAGGAAAAUGGGAAACAGUAUUUGACAAAAGCAAGACAAGAGAAAUGAUGUUCAAAAUCAGCACAGGGAAGCAGAUACCAGUACAAAUGAUGUUUCAGAAAUCUACAUUUAGCAUGGCCUACAUAAGAGAAGUGUUUACCAAGAUCCUAGUUCUGCCUUAUGUUGGAGGACAAAUGGACAUGGUCAUUUUGCUUCCAGAUGAGGAGACAGAUCUAAAAAUGUUGGGAAAACAACUUACUUCUAAAAAAUUAGCACAUUGGUUAAAUCUAAAGAGGAUGGAUAAAAUGGAGGUGGAAGUUUUCCUUCCCAGAUUUAAAUUGGAGGAAAAUUUAGACAUGGAAUUCAUUCUUCAAAAAUUGGGGAUGUCAGAUGCCUUUAAUCCAUGCGUGGCUGACUUUUCUGGGAUGUCACCCAGGAAUGACAUCUAUCUAUCCAAGGUUAUACACAAAGCUUUUGUGGAAGUUAAUGAAGAAGGCACGGAAGCAGCUGGUGCUACUGAAGCAGACAUGUGCGACACGUGUGCAAGAUUUACUCCACAGUUCUUGGUUGACCGUCCUUUCCUUUUUCUCAUCCGAGAUAACAGCUCAAAAAACAUUUUGUUUUUGGGCAAAGUAAUCUCUCCAUGAGAUCAUUUACUCUUGAUGGACUCUUUAUCCUCAUGCUAUUUACAUCUAUUUUACCCACACUCUGAUGUGCCUGUAAUCCAAAGUGUCCUUAUCAACAUGGUGAUAAUAACAUAAAAAUAAAAUUCUUGAUUGGAAAAUU